UGGAAUGCGAUUCAAUUCUUGAUGCAUCGACUCGCCCAUGAUAAAAGGAAGGAUAUGCUUUACUGUGUACGUGGUCAAGCUAAUGGCCGUACUAGAAAAGUAACCUCUGUAGUACUAGCCUGCGAACAGGCUCACGUUGGAGCACAAGCACGCGCGAAACCUGUGAUUUUGCGACUUUUCUGUUGUAACAAUUGGACGAAAACCUUUUCCCUCUUCAAGUUAAUAUUUUUUUGUUAAAAAAAGCAUCGUAACUUGUCACACAAAAGAAAGGGAGCUACCAAAAAUACAGGGCAGAGCCUGGCACUAGCAAAGGCACGCGGUUUAAGCUGGGUCCGAGCGUUGUUGUUUCGAGGAGAAGGCGCCAUUUUUGACUCGUUAGCUUAUCUUUGUGAUUCACUCACACAAGUCCAAGAACUGUUCCACGAUAAAUGCCAGGAUUGUAAUGAAAACGGUAAACAAUAAUGGAGUAAACGGUAAUGGAAGCAACGUAUAAGAAGCAUGGAGGGGGAAAGAAUCCUCAAGUCGCUUCUGAACGGUGAAACAGACGGCCUUUUCGAGGAUACUAAGAAUUAUCUUGCUCCUUUGCGAUCUCCGUUGAAGAACAAAAAUGGCUGUAAGGUGGGCUACAAAGUGACAGAGGAAACUGUUUCAAAAUACACUGUAUUUGUCACCAAGUUCCUAAGAUGUGCUAUUGAGACCUUGAAAAAGGUGAAGGCAAGAGGAAAUAGUCUUGAUGAGCUCACUAACUCCUUGAAUUUAGUGGGCACCUUGCUCAAUGACACAUUAUCUGUUCAGAAUGGAACUUACCUCAAGUUCAUACCAUCCCUGGACCAGCUUGGUAAAACACUUUAUCUGAUUGUUGUGCAGCUUAUAGCCAAGACACAGUUUGACAAGGCAUUGUGCCAUGCUAAUCACCUGCUUAAAUUCAUUCAACUCCUGAAAUCAUGGAAAAACUAUGACAGUAACAAAAUGGACAAGGAGCUGUCUUCACUUGCCAAGCGUAUGUCUGAUGCCCUGCUUCAAGGAGCAGGCAAGCUAGAAGAAGUGAAGGUAACUCCAGUGCAAAAAGCAGCUCACUUGUGUGCCAUUUUAGACUGGAGAAAGCUGUCAUUGCUUUUUCAAGCUGAAGCGAUUACAAAUUCUUCUCUGGAAUCCUUAGUGGAUAGAACUCUUAAAUGUGGAACAAAAUAUCAGAUUGAUUGUGGACAAAAGAAUGUCAAUUUUAAACUGUUAGCCAGUUUUUUUGAAUCUGUUUUUGAGAUACUUAUGGUCAAGACUGAACAGCUUGUUACAAAUGGAAGAGAUCCAAUGCUGGUUUUAGUUGAAUUGGGUUUUCAUUAUGGUAGGAUUUGCUGCAAAGCAGAAAGAUCAACCCAGGCCUUGAAUGUUUUUGAUAAGCUACUGGAAAUUGCAAGGAAAGUCAACCAUUCCAAAAAUGGCCAAUCAAAACUUCAUCAUAUACCUUCCCAAGUUUGCUGUUGUGUUUGUGUAGUGAACAAGGCUACCAUUUUCUUGAACUGCAAUACAAAUGCAAUGCCACAAACUGAAGACUCUUAUCAGCAGAUGUUGUUAGAGAGUAACAGACUAGUUUCUCAGGUACUGAAGUGCAAGACAUUAUCGUCUUCUGUGCUGAACCUACUCUCAGAUUCUAUGGAGUAUUUCAGAAUUACUUUGCAAAAUGCUUACAACAGUCAAACAGAACUCUCACGGAGAAUGUUCCAAGAUGCUGUGCAGUUGCUCAAGUUGUAUGCAGCAGUUCUCUCACUCCAUUGUGAACAAAUCAAGACAGCGCUGCACAAAGCCAAUGCCACUGAUGACAUAAUUGUACAGUUCAGGCAGCAGUUGCAGAAGACAACAGUGCGGCAACUGACUGUGCUGAAUUUUGUGAUUUCUUUGUAUCAAGAUCAGAUGAAAACUGAGAAGGUUACAGAAGAGUGCAGCAAGGAUUCAAGAAGUCGUAUAUUAAGAGACUGCAUUAUAGUGGCACAACAAGCAAGCACCCUCAUUCACAAUGCUCUUGAUGAUUCAGACAUUCCGUUGUCUGCAAAUGAGCUACGAUGGUUGGGCAGUAGUGUUUACAACUUAGGCUGUGUGGCUUAUCAGAGAGGCUGUUUUUCAGAGGGAGGGCCUCUGCUGGCUCUUGCUUGUGAAGAGCUGAAAAUCUGGAGCUUUGCUGCAGAGACUGAGCAAGGCAUUGUUGCAAGAAUCGAAGAGGUGAAACUGUUAACAAAGUAUACAUUGCUGAUCGACUGUCAGAGACGGGCCAGACAACUGAGUGAUGCACUGAAGACAGCUACCACUCAGGUCCUGAACACGCUGAGAACUUCCUGUGAUGCUGACAUUCUAAGUCAACAGAUCAAACAAUGGACUUCAGUCAAACAUGAACUGAUAAAGAACCUCCAGAGUGAAGAGAAAAUGCCUGAAAGAUCCAGAACUCUAUGCAGUGCCUUUGCAGAGCUAGAAGAUGCUAAAGAUGUUGUGGGUAACCAGUUGUGUUUGGUUCUUCAAGAGGAGCUUGCUUGCUACAAGGCAAAGAGUUAUGACACUGCAGUAGAGCAAGUUUCAGUCAUCAAGCAGUUAACAGAGCUGUUUAUUGUUCAAGAGGAUGAAUUUCAACAUGGCUCUGCCAUGUUGGAUCUCGCCAUAGCAUUGGAUAGCUUGGUAGACGUAGAUCUUGGAGAAGACAACCCUACUUUUCCUUUCAAGAGAGUUUGUGCACUUUACCUUGCGGGCGGCAUAUCUCAAGCAAUUGGCACCAAUGACAUGCUGGAUAGUGGACUGUCUGCCUUCAGUGAUGCAAUCCACUCAUUGUGUGACAUGCUGGACAUUUCACAUGCCUGCCUUCUGCUGUCUCGUGCAAGUAACUUGUUAGAUGCCUUUGAGCCAAGUAGUACCUCAAAGGCUCAAUUCUUGUUGGCCAAAAGUCAUUAUCUGUUGCUCACAGGAAAGUACUCAAAAGGAGAGGAUUGCCUCAAGGAAGUACUGCAGAGUGAAGUUGUUACUCACAAGAAUUACAUGUCACAUCUGUUGAAAGCUAGACUGAAAUGCAUUUGUGCAAAAUACUCAAUGCUCCCUGCUAAGCUCCACACAGUCACUGUUGCUGUAGAUCCUAUGCUUGGUUCACUGACUGCUUUGGAGUGUGCUCUUGAUGGGUAUCAUAAGUUGAGUCAAAUGGCUGAAGAGAUCUUUGGUAGUGGUAUAUUUUGCAGUGGCAAACAGAAACAGAAAGAAAACAAGACAGAGGGUCGAGUAAGCUCAGCAGGCUCCAGUCAAAACCUUAUCCACUUGUCACUCCUACAUGACUUGCUGUCUUCUCUGUUACAAGUUGGCCAACUCUAUGCUCAUCAAGGUGCUGUGAGGGAGGCCUUUAGACAGUUUGUGGAUGGCAUUGCUUUGGCAAGACAGUUUUCCCUUUCAUACAGAAUUGCAGAAUUUCUCACUAACAUUGCACGGUUGGAAGUGAUGCAAGGAAAGGUGGACAAGUGCCAACACCAGCUUGAUCAGCUGAAGGCAAUGUUGCAACCAGUUCUCAAGCAGCCUGGUAAAUUAAAGCCUUCUAGUACUGGAGUUCAAGAGCCACUGUUAACUGAACAUCCAGACACUUGUGAAUGUGUCAGUUGUCUUGAUCCUGCACUCCAUGUUAUAAUUGUCAACUACUUUGCAAAUUUGUCCAGCUACUUUGAAUCUGUCUCAAGUCCUGAACAAGCCAUCCAAGCUCUGGAGGUUGGGGAGUCUGUUUGCAGUCAUGCUGAAAACAUGAUGACAAGAACUCUUAGGAGACUUGACGUUGUUCUGUGUGGCGCUGAACCUAGCGACUGCAAUUCAAAGGCGACAAAAAAGAAGAGGGGAACAAAUUCUGCAAAAGGCAGAAAACAAAAAGAAGAUACAACUUUGACAAUCACCUCUACUUCACAAUUAAUGUUCAGUCAACAUUAUGCCACAUUAUACUGCAUGAAUGCAAACUUGUUGCUCCAGAAUGGAAAAGUUGAAAAAGCCAAUCUUGUCCUAUCAGGAGCAAUGGAAUAUCUUCGUAAUGCAGAGGAUACCUUUGGAAACAGAUUAAUUCACAUGCUUCAAAUCAAAGCUUCCUUACUUUACAUGCAUGGUGUAGUGACUCUGCUACAUAACAAGUGUUCCUCUGGUGAUGUUUUGGUGGAUAGUAACUGGUUUUCUAAGAGUGAGAUGAACAGCAUUUCCAAUGGAAACGCAGAGGAAGUGACAGAUUCCCUGCAUGUUGAUGCAGUUGAACAAGCCGAGCCUGGGAUGCCAAGAAGAGGUUCAAGUAGACGAUGUAGAACUUCUAAAAGUGUGGAGGAUAAUGGCAAGAAAAAACCCUCAAGAGCAAAGGGCAGGGGAAAGAGCAAAAAAGUAGAGGAAAUCCCCCUUGAAGAUAAGGAAUCUAAUGCAAACGUUCAACAAAAACCAAAGGGACAAAGCAAAAGGUCAAAGACAACCAAGGUGGCUACUUGUAACAAUGUGGACAAUCAAAUCCAAGAUCCUCAAUGGCUUGAUCAGGCCAUCCAGUAUUUCAAUGAAGCAUUUGAACUCUGUCAGGCAUGUCCUCCUCCAGCCCUGUUCUCCAGUAUCUGCCGAGGAUUGGCAUUCUGUCAUGGACGAUCAGCACCUGGACUUUCAAUGUACUACUUAAACAUGUCAACAUCAGUGACACUCAGACAUCAAGCUGUGACCAGAACAGGAAAGAGAAUAAGUGCAUGUUCCAGUCAAAAAUCUGUCUCACCUUUGAUUGACUACCCAUUGUCCAAUCNUCAAAUCCAAGAUCCUCAAUGGCUUGAUCAGGCCAUCCAGUAUUUCAAUGAAGCAUUUGAACUCUGUCAGGCAUGUCCUCCUCCAGCCCUGUUCUCCAGUAUCUGCCGAGGAUUGGCAUUCUGUCAUGGACGAUCAGCACCUGGACUUUCAAUUUACUACUUAAACAUGUCAACAUCAGUGACACUCAGACAUCAAGCUGUGACCAGAACAGGAAAGAGAAUAAGUUCUAUUUCCUUAUGUGUUUUUUUUCUUCUCCAGGAACUUCACAGAGACGUGACCCAACUUGCAGAAGAUCUGUCUUGCUUGUCUCUUGAUAGCACUUUAUCUGCUAGUCUACCAGCUGAAGCCCAGUUCAAAUUAGCACAACUGGUCAAGACUCGAAACAUCAUGAAGUUUAUCCUGCAUAUCAAUGGUAGUGGCCAGUCCUCAUCCCCAUUUUCUCCUGAAGAAAUUUCUCUUCUGCAGAACAUUCCAAAAGAAUGGACUGUGUGUACUUUGCAAACCUUCACACCACCAGGAAGUCAAGUGAGAGAACUGAUUAUUUGCAGAAUAAGAGCUGGGUUUGAUCCUGUGCUGGUCAAGAUCAAUACAACAUCAGGAGAGGAACAGAACAAAGAGAAUGCUUCAGAUGAGGUUGUCAUGGAUCUGACCAAGCUGUUUCAGUGCAGUGUGAUGGAGGAGUUCAGUGACAUUAUGAGUGACAGUGUUAGAAGCAUGGGCAUUAACAACACGUCAGAGUGGUGGGCACUGAGAACAAGCCUUGAUGUCAGAAUGAAGAGCCUUUUGGCAAAGCUUGAAUCUUCAUGGUUGGGGAGAUGGAAGGGAGUUCUUCUUGGACAGCCAGUCAACAAGGAUUACUGUGAUUCAACAGUGUCCAUAGCAAGGCAGUUGCAGGAGAAGAUUAUGCACUUGUGUGAAUGUAAAGCUGAUGAACAAUUACUUGAGGUGCUCGUGAGUUCCUCACCACAUCUGUCACAAAAACAGGCAACUGAAGCAUUUAUGGAAAUCACUGGCUUGGAUCCUACUGCAUCUUCAUUAAAUGAGCUUCUUGAUGAAUUUGAGGAACUGACUGGCAACUUGUUUCAAAAUAGCAACAAGAAGAGCAGUAAUAGCAGGAUUGAUGACAGCCCUGCAAAGGCUGUUUCACGACACCCUGUCAUUCUCAUCCUUGGCAAGGAUAUUCAGCACCUUCCUUGGGAAAGCAUACCUAUGUUGUUUGACCAACCUGUGACAAGAGUUCCAUCUUUACAAUUUCUCCUUUCAAAGGUAUCUUGCCAAAGUCAAUUCCCACAGGUGGAUCCUGUAAAAACAUUCUAUGCACUCAACCCGCAAAACAACCUUCCAAACACACAGAAGAUGUUUCAGAAAUGGUUCGAGAGUGAAAAUGGAUGGCAUGGUAUCACAGGCAAAGCACCAACACAACAGCAGUUCAGCAGUGCACUCACAGACCAUGAGCUGUUCAUAUAUUUUGGCCAUGGCACUGGCCGAGAGUUUCUCCAGGGAGACGACAUCCAGAGGCUGGAUUGCCGAGCUGUUACUCUGCUCAUGGGCUGCAGUUCUGGGAAAUUAACGGUCAGUCAACCUUUCCAACCCUGAAAAAUAAAUAAAUGCUACACUCUGUUCACCUCCAGCCCAGCCAUUGUCGCCAACCUGUGGGAUGUCACUGAUAAAGACAUUGACCGCUUCAGUGAGUCGCUUCUGAAACAGUGGCUUCAACCAAAUGCGCAACUGUCAUUGCCACAAGUGCUGAGUCAAUCCCGACAAGCAUGUAAACUCAAGUACCUUAUAGGAGCCUCACCUGUGCUUUACGGCCUUCCAGCUUACAUCAAAGAAUAGGAUACUGUAACUUGGAAUGUAAAUGGCCAAAUAUUUUAAGGUGACACUUUUAUAAUCAAUAUCAAAACAAUAUUUUGUCACAUAACAAAUACAGUCUAUAACUUUGAAAUUUUUGUAUUUAAAUGAUUUAUUGUUGCACUGAACCUUGUAUAAUUAAAACCAAAUGAAGAAAUGCUCAUUUUUGAAAUUUGAUUCUUCCGAUAAGCUGAAAGAUGGUUAAGGACGAGUGUGGGUAAUGGACAGGAGAGUAAUUGAUGUAGUUUUGUCCAGCAGAGGCAUUUCCUAUCUCGUUAAAAAUCAUAUAUGUCAAGUCAGUUAACUCUGAGUUCAUUUACUAAGAAGCCUUCAUUCUAUUUUCAAAUUAAUAGUAAGAAUUUUGAGGCAUUUUUUGUUGAUUAAUUUAAUGCUUAAUAUAAGGAAGCAUCAAAUUAGAAUCAAUAUGCUAUCAUAGCAACAUCAGUAUAAUAUUUAGCAAUACACAUUCACAGUGAUCUUAGCCCAUUUCACUGUUAACUUUUCUCUUUUGCAUUUACACAAUAUAAGCCACCUUAUAUUCUGCCGGAAAAUGCUGUUGGAUUACAUUGUAACACAAAUGAGGAAAGUUAAUCGUGAAAAGGGCUAUUUGCAAACCACCACUUAAUGUAUUCCAACAUGCUUUUUAUUCCUUGGCAUGACUGAUCAGCAGGGAGCAAAGGGAAUUUUGCACUUUGGUUAUUUUUCCCCACAGUUUAAGUUGUUUCUUGGUAUGAAUUUUGUAAAAAUUAGAGGCUUGUGUUGAAAACAAUGAGUUGUAUCUGACCUGUUGCUCUUGUUGCAAUUGUAUAUUAAACAAUAUUGUCAUGUUUUGAUAAUAAAUUAAUGAGGAAACAGACUUCAAAGCAGUUUUACUUAAUUGUUUAGACAAAAAAUAGUUCAUAUUGUAGUUAGUGGACAUGAUCUCCUUAAAGAGGUUUGUAAUUUCUCUUAUUUGCGUCAAUUCUCUUUGAGGAACAACUGGGAGAAACUCCUAAACGAUGCUACAAUACAUGUCUUUGGUUGAUUUGAAAACAAAUUUUUGUACUGUGGAGUGUUUUUUGUUGGAUUAGGGUUUGGGAGAGAACCGGUCGCAAAUCAAGCACAGAUUGUUGUAGGAAUUUUUGAUUACUGACAAUAAAAAAAACAAACAAACAAACAAAACAAAACCAACUGAAAAAGGAAUUACACUGGUUAAUCAGAACACAACUUUAGUAACGAUGGUGUUCCAAAUAUUGCAGUUUAUUAUAUUGAAUUCCUUUCUGGCUUUGCCCAUAUUACAGAUCAAACUGGUGUGUUAUAAACAUAAUCCCUCAAUACCUGUUCUAAACAUAAUAAAUAACUUGGAUUUGGAAUAUAUGGAACAACUAGCAUACCAAGGAGACAUUUAAAUGCAAGACUAGUUAUUUCUCCACUCUGAGAAAGUUUAAGAUUUGACAGUCCCCUCCCCCAAAAAGUAUUCCAUUCCCCACCCCAGAAAAGAAAAAUUCCAUUCUGCUAAUGUAAUUAAACAGAAUGUCUGUCCAUAGAGAGAUUAUGAAAGCAUAACAUUUGUCUCUCCUGUGGCAUCAGCCAUUUAGCAUUUGUAUGCAAAUGCAAGAAGUUUCAUGUUUGGUGCAAACAAGUUAAUUAUUUCGUUAUUUCAGACUAGUGAAUUUAUUAAUUAAUUAAAAACAAUGAUUUGCAGAAAAAUCAGCUGAAUCAAUAGCAAUCAGCGGUUUGCUGAAAAAUGCUCGGAUUCUCUAACUAAAUUCCCAGAUGGUUUAUUUUUGCUCAGGCAUUAAUUUUCAUGACCACACAAUUAACAGUCAGUAAUAAAUGCAGAGACACUAAAGCUGUCUUCAUGAAAUUCUUGGGACAAAAGGAAUUUCUCUUGAAAAACACUAACAACAAUUAGUAGAAUUCUACUUGAGCACUAAUGCAAAUGUUGCAAUCUGAUUGGCUGAGCUAUCAGCAUGUAUACACAACUG